UUCCCUCCCCCUCCCCCGGAUGCCGCGAGAACCUUCACCCUUCACCGGCGAGGUUACGUCGUCUGAUGCGCUGGUUCUGACUGUUCGCGUGCUGACUGCAUUAUUCUCGUUCUUAUAGUUUCUUGCAGUGUCUCCUCGCAUUCUAUACUUAAAGACUCUUCCAAAUUCAUCGUCAACCAUGUUUGUUCAACGUCUCGGAAAGUCGCUACUCCAGCGAGUACCUGCAGUUGUAUCACGGCCACUGUCUACCACCCACCUUCUUCAGUCACCCAAAAUACCAGCUCCUGCUCCAGAUUUUAAGGGGAUUUCAGUGUUUCAAAAUGAAUUUAAAGAAGUCUCUUUGAAUGAUUUCCGAGGAAAGUACUUGGUCUUAUUUUUUUACCCACUUGACUUCACAUUUGUGUGUCCGACUGAGCUCAUUGCGUUCAGUGAUCGCAUCAAAGAGUUUGAUGCGAUCAAUUGUGCUCUUGUUGGCUGCUCCUGUGAUUCACACUUCAGUCACUUGGCAUUUAUCCAACGAUCUCGUAAGGAAGGUGGUUUGGGAGGAUUGAACUAUCCUCUCCUUUCUGACUACAAGAAAGAAAUAGCAAGGAAAUAUGAUGUUCUGUUAGAAGAAGAAGGUGUUCCACUCAGAGGAUUGUUUAUCAUUGACAAGGAAGGAACUUUACGUCAAAAGACGGUAAAUGAUUUACCUGUUGGCCGAAGUGUUGAUGAGGUACUCAGACUUGUCAAGGCUUUCCAGUUUGUUGAGGAGCAUGGUGAAGUUUGUCCCGCUAAUUGGCAACCAGGUAGCAAGACAAUCAAGGCAGAUCCUAAGGGAUCUCAGGCAUAUUUUGAGACAGCGAAUUAGUUCAUCUUGCAUAGAAAACGGUACCUAUGUUACGAAAAAUUAUUACACAAUGGAUUCUCUUCACAAAUAACUUUGUGAAUGUUAAAGUUUGUGCAGUAGGUUUUGCAUUUAAGGAGGGUUACAGCAUGAAUCGGUAUGUUGAAACUUUGAAGUUUGAAUUUACUGUUUAAAGUUAUUUUUUACUGCAUCAAUGAGGAAUAAUAUUGAUAAAUAAUAAUAGUAAUCUUACAUCUA